AGGGUCUGUUGGCUCAAGAACUUGUGGCGCGAAUGGUAAGCCUUGCAUUUCAAGGCGGCGAACAGUAUGAGCAGGGUCGCCCCGUCGCCCGGUGCAAUCAGUAGCGCCACGCGGACUGCAAUGAAGGCGAACGCGCUGCCCAACAGUCUUUGGCGUGACCGAUUGUAUCUAGAAUUGAGAAUGCGCAAGAUGCUCCCACAGGCAAUGAAUUUUCUGGUGAUCAUCACUCUGUUCCUGUUCAAUCUGGCGAUGGAGCGGCCUGUGGGCGCCAUGAAUGAAAUCAAGGAAAACUUUCGGUUCCACUUCAACCUUGAUAAUGUCAACGAGGUGAACAACUUCCAGGGGAUGUAUAGCUUUUUGUACGAGUUCUUGGAGGCAGCAGAACGUUUCGAUCCGCUCGACGUGGACAAGUAUGUCGAACGUGAAUACGACACGCCAGUUUUCACGACCGAGACAGAGAUGGUUUAUUUGACCAAGCUCAAGCGGUUUACGGCAGUGACUGCAGUCGUCGUCAGGCCACAAAUUUGGAUGACGCGGCGAGAGAUUAGAGAUUGCACAGGUUUCGCGACAAUGUACGAUCGGAUCUACAGUUUGGCAAGGCAUUUGCGGUUUAAAUACAGAGGCGACGCAAUCACUGGGGCAUGGCAGCCCACGAGUGUCGUCUUCAGGCGUGCAGAGGAUGUGCCAUACGAGCCCAUCGGCAUCCGGUCAAGCGAACAGCCGUCUGGUCCGUCGAACCCACCACCACCAGAGUCACAGUAUACGAGCCCGAAUGCAGGGCGCUCGGUUUUACUGACUUGCACGAGUAGUGCAGUGCGGAACCGAACGAUGCGCAAUGUUUUAAAAACUAAGUUCAAUAAUGUAGCGCUUGUGGACGGCGACAGAACUUUUUUCGGCGAUUUUCACGCGGACAAAGUUGACAUUCUGGCUUACAUGGGCUACAAUGUUUAUGCCAAUGCUGUCAACCUGACAACUCACCCUAGGUGCUUCAUGACGAGCAAGCGUAAUGAACAUAAUCAGAUCGAGUGGUCUCUUGACGACGACGGGAAUAUUGACAGGCACGGGGAGAAAGUGACUGUGAGUGAUGUCGACGAGCGUUGUGAAAGGUCAGCGGAUACAUGGCAUGAUGUGCAGACCGACAGGGUAAGAGCACAAGUCUUUCUGUACACUCCCAGCUACGAACUUUUCACUCGGAUUCUGGUCGAGUGGCACAUUGAGAGGUCGGGAAAAUUCACUCCCUCAUUCCAUGUUGAAAGCUUCCAAGAACUCCAGAGCACUGAUCGGUACACUGCUUGGAUUUCUUUGACAUUAGUGCAGGUGGGUUUGGGCGUGCUGCAGCUCAUCUUGAUUCUACGCCGGGUGGCAAUCGAAACCCGCGAACGGAGGCUGUAUCCCCGUGCAUCGACGUGCACCAACUCUGAGAAAAUCGCAAUUUCAUGUGGGUUUCUUCUGCAGAUCGUGUUCAUGGUUUUCUACAUCACAAGACUUGCACAGGAGAUGGAUGGGGGAGACCUGUGGCCAUUGGUUGAAAAAGUCUUAUCAAUCAACCCUUACGCAAGCGAGGAGGCUGCCAUGAAUUUCAUGUCGAAUCAAAACGCAUUGGUUGACCGUGCCCAGUCUUUCCAAUCUCUGCGGGUAACGGGCUUUGUGAUAGUUUUCGUAUCUUUCCUGCAGAUUGUAGAUUACAUGAGCGUGCACCCUCAGUUAGGCGUGAUCCCAAACACCUUGUCAUUGAUCGUCUCCCAGCUGAUCAACUGGAUCGGCAUCUUCGUAGUUGUUUUUCUGAUGUUGGUUAUGCUAGGCCAUUGGGCGUUCGGAGAGCAGGUCGACGACUUCUCUUCUGUGUCCAAGACGUUGGUCCUGAGUGGCAACCUCGCCCUUGGCAAUUUUGAUUUCAUGGCGCUCGAGUCCGAGUUACACGAGACGGCCGAUAUUGUGCUCUUGGUUGUGUGGGAGUCCGCCAUGCUGGCUUUGGUCUUCCUAGUGCUCCUCAACUUCUUGCUUGCAAUUGUUGUGGAUGGGUAUGCCGUGGUGAAGGGGAGCAGUGAAUGCUGCGCGGCGAAUGGAUUCCUAACCGACCUGUUCAAGUUUGGCAGGGUCCAGUACAUGUACAACAGGCGUGGUUGGCCAAAGAGGGCGCUCCUUAUCGAGCAUUUGAUGGAACUGCCCGACAGGGUGACCGCAGAAGACAUCCACAGAAGCGGCGCUUUCCGCCAGGAUGGGGAUGGAUCUGAUGGAAUGUCAGAGUGCCAAGUUUUUUUUGACGCCUACCUUGAAGUCCUCGAGAAGCUCACCGGGGCGAAAGCCGAUGAGGAGCGACGCCCUGAGGCAGAGGAGCCAGGCGGCGGCAAGGAGGGGCAGCUGGCAGCGAUCAUGCAACAGCUCGAAGCGCAGAUGGCGGCCAGAGAUGCAGAUCAGAGGGCCAGAGAUGCAGACCUCAAGGCCUCCCUGCUCGCAAGGAUUGAUCGGCUCGAACAGCAUCAGGGACACCAUGCCCCGCCUGGUGAGGGGGUCGCCCGCCCGAUCGUACCUCCCGAUGAGCCUGAUCUUUCCUGAUCCCGAUCUGAGCCCCUACCCGAUCCUCACGAUAGUCGAAUGAUCUGAGCUGACUCCCUGCCUCAAUUCCUGUUCGCUGCAUCAUGCAGGCGUUGCUUCAGUUUCACCCCUGCUGCCGCCAGAAGUGCCAGGCUGGUACUCUCGACGAACGCCGAGCCACGCGCUGCCUGAAAGUGUGCUUCGUGGCCGAUCUGCUACACGCCCCUCUCUGUUCCCCUCGCCUCCUACCUUUUUUCAUCCACAUCCUCGUCCCAGUCGUCGCCCCCCUCCUACUCCUACAGACCUCCUCCCUCCCGCCCGUGAAAGCAUGUGUAACUUUAGGUCUUUGCCUCCGCGUCCAAUCCACGGCACCGGUUACUGCUGAAGCUUUGUGCAGUGAGUUGCCACGGUGCAGCGGAGACGUGCUGGCGAAACUGACCGACAGGCUGGUCAUCUGAUCGCAGUCGGCCGGCGAGCACGAGAGCGCCAUUUGAAACCCUGGUAUGAGCGUGUACUCCACGCGCUCAGGCAGACGAAGGAGCAACCGCACAUCGUGGCGAGCGGUUCCUCCUGACUGUAAUCCUUCUGCUGCUACUACUCCUCGUCCUCUUCUGCCCCUCGCUGAGGGGCCGCAGGCCUAGAGAAAGACCGCGCAGCACGGUGCCGCAAGGACGCGUGCUUGGGUCAAAUGUUUGACCUUCGAAUUCGAAUGUUGCAGAACGGUUGACUUGUCGGGGCCCGGGAGGAAAAACAAAAAAAC